AACAGCUAAAUUUAUAUAACUCAAAAUUGAUCUAUGAGUUUACUUAUCUAAGUGCUUUUCAAACAAACAUCUUUUCGCUAUGCUCCGUUACGCAAUCCGGCAAGGACGCAAACCCUAAUAAGAUGCAGAAUAUCAAUGGCGACGGGGGCGGCAGCCGCAGCAAUAAGCCAUGGACGCCGACGUUUUGCACGAUUAUUGAUGCGGAAACAACCAGCUUCUCCUACCUCGCCUGUUCUAACUGUGAACGCGUUCUCCCCAAUGAUUCCCUCCCUAAUCCCCCAACUUGCGCCGUCUGCAGCAACAAAUACACCUUCCCCACCGCUUCCAAACGCCUCUACCGUCUCCUCCUCUCUAUUGCUAUUUCCGACAAAGUGAUUCCUGUGAUGUGCUUCGAUAGGGCAGCGCGAGUCCUUGUUGGAUGCUCGGCCGAUGAACUAUUCAACUUCUGCAAGUCUCAUCCUUUUGCCGAGGAGAAGAUGGGGGAGAUAUUGGAGGGAGAGAUGUGUCAGAUGACUUUGUGUGAGCCGAAGAACGGCAAUGCGCAGCACUUACGUGUUGUCUCCGUCGUCCCACUACGCGCUGGAUUCCGUCCUGCUAUUCACACUCUUCGUCUUCUCUAUGGCGUCGAUAAUUCCCAUCGAAGUUCAAAUUAGAGGAUUCCACGCACCUGCCUGUCUUGUUUGUACUCUUUUCCCUUACUGCUUUUACGACAUUAGGUUAUUAGGCGAAGCAAUCUCGUAUGCUUUCCAUACAAGCAGUGAAGAAGAUGUUUGCAUUUGCUAUGGUCAAAAUGCUGGGCUUUUGUUUAGAUGAAUGACCAUUUCCUUCGGGGCAUCUCUAACCAAAACUCCAUUUUCCACUCUAAAAUACUCUAAAACUUCAAAAUGCGAUAGUUCAUCUUCAAUGGAACUCCAUUUUUCUUUUUUUGCA